AUGCAAUUAUCAAAAUUAAUUAUUUUAAUAGCACUAAGAGUUUUUAAUCAUAUUAUUUUAGCAAAUUGUGUAAUAAAUUUUGGAGGCGAUGGAUAUAAAAGUUUUUUAGCUGGUGAUAAAUUAUAUUAUUUCAGUGAUAUAAGUAAUUUUUUUCAUGUAGACUUAACAGGCGUAUCAUUAGAUACUAAUACCGUUAUUGAUCGAUCCAAGUGGAUUGACCUUACCGAUAUGAGACCUCAACCAAUCACAUCUAUUUCUCGUUACCCAUUAUUGAGUGGUAAAGAUAAUGAUAAAAUAAUUUUCUUUAGUAAUGUCGGUAAUUUCUACAUUAACAUAUUUGAUACUAAAUUAAAUAAAUGGGAAGUGAUGAAUCAAGAUCCCAAAUUCUUUUUAACCCGUAUACAAAUUCCUGAUUUUUGGAGUGUUUCUAAUGAAUGGAUUACAGAUAGAAAAACUGGCAAAUCUUAUACAUUUCAAUCAAUUUUAGACGGAGUAUCAAUAUUUGAUUCAAUUAAUUUGGAAUUAACACAAAGCGCUUCAAGUCCGAAAAAUCUUUUUGGUAAUUCCUUUAGUUCGUACAUCGACUUUGCACAGGUUAUAUUGCCAAAUGGUUUAGUUCUGUUUAUUGGUGGAAAAAUUGGUAAUAAAGCACAAUCGAUGGGUAACAUUAUCGCCUAUAACACCGUAACGGAUUCAUGGCAAAUACUGAAUACGGUAGGUGAAACGCCAGGAGGACGUAUCAAACAUACGGCUGUUCUAACUACGGAUGGACGUGUUAUUGUAUUUGGUGGAGUAUCAAAUUUAUUACCAGCUUCACCAGAUUUAUCAAUCUUGGACACCUCAAAAACACCAUAUGAGUGGUCAACACCAGUAGUAGAAAAUCCUAUUGAAUCUUUAGUUCUUGGUGAGCAUACAUCGAUCAUAGUUAAAAACUUUAUGAUUUCUGCAUUCGGUAAAAAUGCAUCAGAAUCAUCAGACUCAAUAACUGAAAUAUUUACAUCAUCUGAAAAUAAAAAUAUCUAUAAAUUGGAUAUAUCAGAUCCACUAAAGUAUAAAUGGUCAUUAUUUGCUAAAAAUGAUGACGAGACUCCUACACCAACAAAUUCUACUCCCAUUCAGACGAAUGCAUCUGACUCAUCAUUUGCAUUAAAGUUACGUUUGAUUAUUAUAAUCAUAGUUAUAGUAUUGGUCAUUAUAUCCAUAACAAUAUUUGGUUUUUACAAAAUAAAGCAAUAUAGAAGAAAAAAUACUAAUAAAUCAAAUAUAUCAAACAAUGAUGAAUUAGAAACAAGUUUAAAUUGA